AAUACUUUGUUUACACCGACACAGUCCAUGCUGCUGAGCUACCAAUGCUAACAUAUGUUAUUUGUUCAAAUGCGUGGUAGCCAUAUUUUAACUUUUGUACAUAUUAAAUUAAAUGUUUGUUGUCAUUCUGGCAUUUCGUUUCCAUGUUUAGUUUGUCGUUUGUCUCGAGACUGAACUGCGUUUAUCGACUCACGUUCUCUUCCACAAACAUGCCCAGAAAACUGGUCAAAGGUCAGCCUGUGAGCGAGGACCCCGCACGUGAUCAAGGUCCGGUGGUCCGUGGCAAAAGCGGCGCGGUUACCAUCACAGUGCACGUGAAGCCUGGGUCUAAACACAACAGCGUUACAGAUGUUUCCACAGAGGCGGUGGGCGUGGCCAUCGCCGCGCCACCGACAGACGGGGAGGCCAACACCGAGCUGCUGCGUUACCUAGCGGAAGUUCUGGAUGUGAAGAAGAGUCGUGUUUCUCUGGAAAAGGGUUCCAAGUCACGAGACAAAGUCAUCAGCGUGGACUCAGCGCUUGGCCCGGAGGAAGUUCUGCUACGGCUUAAAAAGGCAGCAGGAUGAUGCCAGGAGACACCUGUGACCAUCAGCACCAAAAUAGCUAGUUAGGUGAUGACGUCAGAGAAGAGCAAGUUGGAAGAUCCAAUGACCCGUCAUAAGCCACCAGGGGGAAACAAUGAGCUCAUGCACAGAGACUCCAAUAAAAGUGUUAUAGCCAAAGA